UUUCCGCCCAGCAAAUCUUUUAACAUCGUUUAAAACUACUUAGAUUAUUCCCAAACUUAUCACAUUUCAAAUAUUUUCACUUUUUCUCAUAACUUUUAUAUUCUAUGAUCUAGUGCUUUGUGCUGUAAUCACUGCGAUUUGAAAGGUUACGCCUCCGUUUUACGGUUGGUUUGAUUUCGCAAUCGUAUUUGGUCAUCCUUUGCCACGGGCCACCGCCUCGACGAGAAGUUUCGUAAAAUCGUUUGUAAUUUUCCGUCCAUGUUACCCAAAGACUUAAUGCACAGAAGCAAAGCCAGGAAAUGGCCAUUUCCGCUCAAUUAUUGCAAGUAUGCUGCAUUUCCUUCUUCUUUAUUGGCCCAUAUCGAAGUACAUUAAAUAGUCACCAGACUUUGGCUAAUGACUGGUUCAAGAAGUAUUUGGCCACCAAAACACCCUACGCAUCCAAGCCAGAAGAUUCCCUUUAUGACCAACGCCCAUGGAUUGCGUCCGAAAUUCCCAAGGACUACAAAGUGCUUCAUAUUGAUGCGCUUUACCGACAUGGGACCAGGUUCCCUAGCAAGCAGAAGUUAUUAGUCUGGUGGGAGCAAUUGAGCGGGCUGAAUAGGACCAUUGACAACAAGAUCUUGGCCGAAACGUUAUCAAUAUGGAAUCAAUCGUUUCCAAAUCACCGCCAUUACACUUUGCACAAGACAGGCUGGAUUGAGCAUGAAAAUUUAGCCGCAAACUUGUAUAAGAUGGCGCCACAGUUAUUUAAGAGCAUUCUGCAUACCAAUGACCGACAAAGCUCUCUGCAUGUUCUUUCCAGCCAUAAGAUAAGAGUCCUAGCGAGUGCCCGAGCUUUUCUCUCUCAGCUUUUAUGUCUAGUGGAACAAGGGAAGUGCGAGAGGUAUCAGCCAUGGAAAGUUCUAGAAGAUACGGCUGAUGUGACGUAUUCAGGAGUAGAGGUGCAAGUCAACCGGUCCCAACUACGCCCAUUUGAUUCGUGCUCACGGUAUGAAAAGCUUAUGCACGAGAACGAGGCUGGUUCUUCUGAAUACAACAAAUUCUUCCUUUCUAGCCAUUGGCAAGCACUGAAGCGAGAAAUAUCCGCUCAUUUUAAUGGUUACAACGUAGCAGACGCGGAUGUUCUAUCAUUAUACCAGCUAUGUGCUUUUGAUCUGGCGCUGUACGGACGAAACGAGCUAUGUGCAAACUUUAGUGAAUACUUCUUCGAGCUGCUAGAGUACGCCUCGGACUUAAAACACUAUUACAAAACCGGCUACGGGUUUGGCAUAAAUUACCACCUAGCUUGCCCUAUUUUAGAAGAUAUGCUAUUUAAGCUGGAUAAGGCCGUACAAGCUGGCGGAUCCACAAAUGGGUCCGUCGUGCUACGAUUCGGACAUGCUGAGACCUUGAUUCCUUUUCUGUGUUUGUUGGGGUUAUACAAGGACGAUACACCACUUACCGCACAGAGUUUUUCAUUACACCGCAACGCCCGAAAAUUUCGGACCGGAACAUUUAGUCCAUUUGCUGGUAACAUUGCGCUUGUGUUGUACAGCUCGCACCACAAUGAGAAGAUGUUGCUUUCAAUCGUACUUAACGAGAGAGUGUUAAAAUUACCAUACGCCGAUUGCCACUACUGUGACUACACUGCUUUUCGUAAAUUACUUGCCAGCCGUUUGGAAGGAAUCAAUUGUAAUAAAGUUUGCGAUUAAGAAAGAAACGCCGCAAGAUUUAAUUGCGUGAUUGCUUUUUAUUAAACUUUUUUAAUAAAAUACAAUUCCAAAA